UAAAAAUCCCUCACUCUGCAUGCGUCAGGUAUCUACCCUGUAGGCUUUUGGGGCUGGUCACCAGUCAAAUCACAUGGGCCAUAUCCUUGUUGCAGGACAAGGCUGAGGAAAAAUCCUUCCGUCUGCAUAGCCCCAGCUAUCGGCACUGCAGGAUUUUAGAGGCCUAUCUUGUCGGCGGCGCUUCAUUAGCGAAAACGGACGUAGAAGAUUUUCGACUUCACUGUGAUAGAAAAGCUAUCUCUACCUUGGCAGCGUCCUGGUACGGUGUUGAACCUGCCAGUUGGCAUUUGCUCCAACUUUUCGAGUACUCGGCCGCUGAGCGAUUGCAGUUGGAAGAAGCACUUCUUAGCGACCUCACCAAUGUUGCGAACAACUUCAUUUAGACCUGAACCGCGAACUAAUUCCUUCCCGGCAAACGGUCGUGGUCGAGGCUCCGUAGCCGCGCACAAGCAUGUAAACUCGGAAUCGGGCUUCGAGUAAGUAAUGCGAUUCUUCUCUACUUACUCCGUGAAGCUCAUCAAUCACUUAAGUCAUGAGGAGAAGAAUAUCGGCUUCGAACCCGUCGAACUAGGUCUUCGCUGGCCUGAUAACUCUGCGAAAAUACCAAGAAUCUUAGUCCAACUAGAUGAAGAUCGAAUAUUUCAGGCAGCAACGGAUUAUCAACGCUGGACGAACGGGACUUACGUCUUCGAAAAUCUCCCUAGGUUUGAGAAUGCUAUAAUAUCUGGCCUCACAUUAGAAGACGAGAAUGCCAUGAUCAAGAAGGAGAUAGCCAAGUACGCCGAGUUUGCACGUUCUGAUAAGCCACCCCUAUUCAAAAGCAACGGCAUCUUGGGUACUACCAACCCAGAAGGAUUUCAGGAUCUGGCGAAAGUGCUUGACCAAAUCGAAACUCACCUCCAAGUUAUCAACCAUGACAACUAUCUGUUGAUCCUAGAGCACUUCCACCGUUAUGAUUUUUACAGAAGUUUCAAGCAAGCCCGAGAUCUUAUCAGAGAGCGUUACCAGAGAGAACCCCACGGGACGAUUCGAAUCAAUGGUCGCGAACCGAAGCGGUUGGACGACGAAGCCAACAACAUCAAAGUCUAUCAUGCUUUGGUCGAUUUUGUUUUCAAAUGUUUGGCCUGGUGGCUCAUGCAUAUCGCAAAAAAUGAUUCUUGGAAUGCUCACAUCAUUGCAGUUAUGGCAAGAUGGGCAGUCAAACUCAAGUUUAUCGCUUUAGAUCCGGUCCAUUGGGUGGAAAAGGCUCUAGCUAAAGGAGAAGAUGUAAUGCGACAAAUCCAAACGGAGCAGGAAGAUGAAGACUGGAUAAAAGUUAAGAUCCCACAUGUGAAUUCAGGAGAAGAGGGGGCAAAGGUCGUCUUCCCUGACGACCCAAAUCUAGCCGCGUCGUACUAUGAGUCAAAGAGCCACUUCAGGGAUAUUUUGCUUCAACUGGUUAAUGGGAUGUUGAGCAACUUGAACACCAGACUCCUGGGUUCGGAUUCGGUCGCAUUGCCAGUACGCACUCUCAUUUACCGAGAUGGAUUGAACCGAACAUUGCGCCAGCUAGCUGUGCACCAGAACGGCCAAAUCUCAACAACAUCUGACGGCGAAGAGUUCCGAUAUAGCCACACGGCAUUCCAAUUACUGGUCUCGAACUCCCAGCGCAUUGUAAAUUGUGAUCCAGAGGCGCCGAACGUGGCAAAUGUCUGCUGGCACCAUAUUGUGAAGGGAGAAGUUUCUCCCAUAUAUCGGGCUAAGGGAGAAAAGAGAACGGAUCAGCUCGACGAUAUUAUUUCCCUAUUAGUACCUCUUAGCUUCAUGAAAAACUCUGACAUGGUCGAACAACUUCACUCUGCACUGGCUUGGACGAUUGCUUAUAAGGACCCGGACUCGCAAAAGUUGGACCGACCCCGUGAAGAAACCCUUGAACUAGAGUUCUCGAUCACUACCCCUAAAAAGAUCGGGCUACCGACGAUGAUUCACUCGGAUACGAUUCCGAGUUCGCAGAGUCCUCUCUUCACGGGUUUAGAAGGUAACUCAUUAUGCUAACUCAAAACUAUUUGGAAUCGCUAACAACGGAUUCCGUCAUACAGAGGAAAUGAAAAGUCUCAAAGAGCGUCGGAAC